GAGAGAGAGAGAGAGAGAGAGAGAGAGAGAGAGAGAGAGAGAGAGAGAAAGAGAGAGAGAGGAGACGCGACAGGAAGACAGUGAGAACGCACAGUCAAUGAGCCACGCAACGCGAGGAAAAGUGCGGAUGUGCGGUCUUCGGAUCGCGAACUCGCCGGCGACGAAUUGCUGCCACUAGGAAACGCGGGCGUUUCGAUCCGCAGGUCUAAACUCGAUCGACGAGGCGACGUGUAUUUCGGGGAGAUCGGAUCCUACGGAGAGUAAUUUUCGGGGGUGUACCUAUCGAGGAGGGAUUAUCGGGCGCAACGCGUCGGAUAGUAAAGCGAGGUCCGGCGAAUAAUGAACUUCCCGGAUCUCGUUGCAGAGAGUUACCAAGUGUGUGAAGACGGAGAGGAUCAGCUGCGGGACUCUGUACACGGCGCAGAGUGCGCGAGGGUUUGUGAACCGCCGAGCGUUGUCGAAAGCGCGACUGGUUCCCGCCUGGUUACGAGAGGCUGUAACGAGGAGAAGCCCGUUGGAAAGGGUGGACGCGUCGAAGUUCGCGGUCGGGACCCUGGCCGACGGCGACGGCGAAGCCGCGCGUGAAGCGGAACAACCCCUACGUGGUCACGGAUGGAGGAUGAGGAGCGGUGCGUGAGGGAGAGAGGCGGACGCUCCUAAACCGAUGAGAUGACAGUGCUGUGCGUGCUGUGGGCUACUCUGUCCACUGUGGCCUCAAUCCUGGCGUGCUCCGGUUUUUACCUGCCCUACUGGAUUCAGCUUUUGGGACAUACCGAGCGCCUGGUGGCAAGCAAGCACGGUCACGAUGGGGAUCGGCGUCGCGGUCGCAGUGAUCGGCGCCCUCACACUCUUGGCGGCGGCCUCGUCGUUCCUGCCGCACAUCCUGAAGACGCCCAAGCACACGAGGAUCCUUGGCUCCUUGCAAUUGCUCGCUGCAACGAUGAUAUGCGGCGGUUUGGUGAUGUACCCGAUAGGCUGGGACAAUCGGGAGGUGCGCGAGUCUUGUGGGAAAGGAGCCAACGUUUACAAUCUCGGAAAGUGCUCGGUGUCCUGGUCGACUCAUUUGCUGGUCGGUUCGGUGGCGUUGCUGAUGCUGUGCUUCGGCCUGAGCUUCUGCGCGGCCCGACACAAGCCCUCGAAUUCGCACACGGACCCCCUGCGCAUUUGACAAUCGAGAUACUCCCAGUCGAUUCACGCCUACGCCUCGCCGAAGACGACCACGCUCUCCAUCGUCACGGUCUGUUGAUCGUGCCUGGCGCUGUUGCUGCGCCCCCAUGUGCGUGCGUGAGUAUGCGAGAGCGCGGCUGUCGUCGCCGUCCAUCUACGUCGCCCGCCGUCGCCGUCGCGCCGCGAAACCAGAUACACUACACGUGUCAUCGCGCAUAUGAACGGCCCUUGGCGUGUGAUGCACGUGGCUGGCCAGUGGUGGUGUGAAUGAUAGUGUGCGCGUGAAACGCUGUCGCGCCUACUGCGCUAUAUUUACCGACCCGCGAAUUUUUUCGCGCGAUUUUACGCGCCGGUUUGGCGCAUGGUCUAGCGCGAACGCGCUUCGCACGUGGCCGACGACGCGAGCGUGCACGCGAGCGUGCUGACGUUGAUGGGUCUCGUGAUUAUAGCGCGAGCUGGACGUGUUUCGCGAGGAAAAAACAGAACGUUGCGGCAACCGUGUCGGCGAGGCGCUGAUCGACAGACGGAACGAGGAUUCGAGGCUGUAAAGUUGACGGGGGAUAGGUACCAGUUGAAUAUUCGCGGAGAAGUUCACCUUCCCGUCUCUCUCUUCCGCGUAGAGAAAAUCGCGCCGUGUUCUCGGACGAAUGCUCAAAAGCGUACGACCCCGGACAGUUGCGCGGAUCCUCGCGGGUAACUCUGUCGCACGCGUUUGGGAGACUGCGAGACCCAGCUCGGGGUGCUCUUUAGAUCUCUUGGCGUGAAAUCUCACUCUAAACGAAAGUGGGCAGUGCUUUCGCUGAAAGCGGUAAUGAAGGUACUGCCACUCGAGAGAGUGAAUAUUUUCACUCAAACGAAGUAGACUCUAACUCUAUACGAGCGAAUGUUUCAAUCGAUUACAGCGAAUAGGUUCCCGCGACGGUGUAGCACGUCAGGUUUACUUCGAUUUCGAGUGAAAAUGGUCACUCGACGAUUCAGAGCGGAGGAUUCACUAUGUAUGAGUGAAAAAUCAUUCAAAUUCGAGUGGCUCGAUGGUCACUCGACUUUUCCAGUGACAUUUCACUCCGAGAAAGGGGGAGAGUGUGACUCUUUCGAUCGAUGUACCCAGAUAGACUUUCAUGAAUGUCACGACGAUAAGACAGUCUCGAUGGUGGAAACUUUACAAAUUUUUUAAUUACGUUUCUGAAACAAAUGUACCGUAUUAAGCAUUGAAUUAACAUGAUGUGCAGUGAUGUAAUUUUCUUGUUGCAUUGAUAAACAAAUGUACUGAAAGUUAUAUUCAAGUUCUCAUAUUAUAUUUUAUGUGACAUUAU